AUGGCCCGCGUCGGCGACGGAGGGCCUGCUGUAGUGCCGGCAGCUCGACGUGGCAAUUUUCUCGGCCGAGCUUCUAUCCAGGACCCGUUUGCCAUCCUUGGACUGAAGCAGUCGGCAUCUUCCGAGCAGAUCACCUGCGCGUAUCGCAGCCUAGCACGUCGCUACCAUCCCGACAAGGAUCGCUCCGUGCCAUCGCACCUGGCAACUGCACGCUUCCAACGCAUCCGUGCAGCGUACGAUCUGCUCAGCGAUGAGCGAAAGCGCAAGGCAGCGGCCGCCUCCAGCAUCUCUGCCCCCUUCAAGCCCUCCGCCGCCUGGCGUGCCCAGCAGCGGCGGGCAGCAGGGCACGCUGGCCCGGCGCCGCCCCGAAAGAAGGUGAAGCCCAUGCGGUUCAAACUCGCGCGGAAGAAGAAGAUAAAGCCACAAAAUCCGCCCGCCGCAGAAGAAGAGAAGGAGCUGCCAAAGGAAGCCAAACAAGUUGACGUCGUCGAAAUCUUGGAUUCCGACGACGAGGUCCAAGCGGCUCCGCCAGCUGCAGUGCUCCCACCUCGGCGGCGCGCGGCCGUUCGGACUGCGGCGGGCGACGACUGCAGGCGUCUGCAGAGCAGGGCGGCCGCGAAGCGAAGAGCCCUAGAGCGCCGGCACGGGCAAGCUGUGGGCGAGGAGCGGUCGGCAAUUGAAGAACCAGAAGAGGUGGCAGGAAAGUCUUUUGCGCGCUUGGUCUUUCGCUCCGGGAAGGGCCGAACCCCGGAGAUCCUGGCCAAGGAUUUGCUCGCUGCCUUUCCUAGGGCUGAGGUGAUCUUGCUGCAGCCGUUCCUAGCUGUCCUCUCCUUCCCGACGCAAAAGCAGGCAGUGGCCUGUGCCCUCAGCUUCCAUGGUUGGCCUGGUCGGGCGCCUCCCGAGCGGGAGCUGCGCGUUCUCAGGCAGCUGAGUUUGGUCGUGGCGCCAGUGGAUUCCAACGGCUGCGCCCAGCCGGGUCCGAAGACCCUCGUCGUGUCGCGGACGCGCGUCGCGGCCGCCGAUGGCCGGACCGUCGAAGGCUUCUUGCCCACCGCAGACGUGGCUUUCCUGGACGAAGUCUUCAAGGCGAACUCCUCCAUCUUGAAUGCAUUGCUCACGUUGCUGAACGAACGCAUCUUCGACAACGGCGGCGAGCGAAUCGACGUCCCCCUGCCGUGGCCACAGGUGCAGUUCAUCGUUGAGGGAUUCCUGGAGCUUGCUCCAGACAAAGGCCAAGCCGAGAUACACGACUCCAUCUACGAGCAGGCGGUUGCCUUCGGCCGCCGCGCUGAAGAGCUCGGAAACAACGUCUUCCCAGCCAUCCCAGACCUGCUAGACAUUUACGAGUCACCGCGAGUUCGUGGCGCCAUCGAGAGCCUUCUCGGGCCGGGAUAUCUUCUGCAUCCGCACAGAUACUGCCACACGAGCGAGCGACCGACGCCGCAAACGUGGCACCGAGACUCGUUCUGGGGGCAUUGGCAUCCGCGCAAUGCGUGCCCUUAUUGGAUCAUGGCGCUCUACUUUCCUCAGGACACGCCCCUGGAGCUCGGGCCAACCGAGAUCCUCCCACGGAGCCAGUGGUACAACAAGGAUGAGAAGAGCGAUCGAGGCCCAUAUGGGUGUGCUCGCUUCAGUGAUCGCGAGGCAGCGACUGGAAUCCCUGCCACGAGCUGGCACGUGCAGGGGAGGCCCUUGUGCUGCUCUGCGGGCACGGUCGUCCUUAUGCACUACGACCUGUGGCACCGGGGCGGAGCCAACAUCAGCAGUAAUGGAAUCCGUUACAUGUUCAAGUUUCAGUUCAGCCGGAUGCUGAGCCCUGUCGUAGCGCCGCGCCUGCGCACCGAACCCGACAAAGCCAUCAACUGGGAGGAAUUCUACCAGGAC